AUGUUUAGAAGAGGAAGGAAUGAUCCUUUAGAAUUAUUAAGAGAUCAUGUGAUUCAUCAUAAAUAAAUUAAAUUAAGAAGCAAAAAUACAGAACAUAGAUUACUAUUUGAUAAUAGUAUUGAAUUUAAAUGUUCGACUGUAAAUAGAUUUUUAAUUAUUUAAUAGGAAACAGCAUGGAAGUCUAAAUCAGGAUAAGAAUACACACUUGGAGCCUUAUGGUGUUUUUUAGAUUGUCAUUUAUAGGGUUUGGAAUAAAAAAAUUAUAGAAAGAAAGCAUUGGAUCUAAAUUUUGAAUAGGUUUUUAAGGCUGAUAAUUAAGACAUAAUUGAAUAUUUCACUGGUAAAGUAGAUUAUACAGAUUGUAUUAAUGCUGACAAGAAGCCACUUCCAUAAAAUAAGAAAUCCCUCCAAAAAGAUGAUGAUAUUGAAUUUGCAAGUUAAAAAAAAGUUAAGCCUGAUUAAGAGAAAGAAGUAAUCUAUUUUUUUUAAUGAAAUUAGCCACUUACUGAAAAAGAAUUCAAUUUAAAAGUUUUUGAUGAGAUUUUGAGAUUUGAAAAACCUAUUACAACCAGAAAUAGAUUAUUUAGAGUUUAAGAUAGAACAUUUGAUGAUAUUCUAAAAACAGCUUAAAAAGUAAUUAUAUUUUAACUAUAAAGAUUUUUUAAGGUUAAUAUGUAGGAGUAGGAGGAGAUGAAGAAGAAUUAUAAUAAAUUCUUGGAACCAGAAUUUAAGAUGUUAAUAAAGCUAAAUAAUUAUCAAGUGCAAAAUUAUCAUAUUCAGUAUUGAAUGAAUUCAUUAAAUCAAAAGAAAAACCUAUUAUUAUAGUCCCUCAAAUAGCUGAAUUAGGAAAUGUUUGUUUAAGGAAUGUGUAAUAAUUCUUAGAAUAAGGUUAAUAUAUAGAUCCUAAUGGACUUAAAUUUACUAAUGAAUCUAGAUCUGUUUAAAUUAAAGUCAAAUUAAGAUUAACUGAUAUGUAAAGAAUAUUUUCUUAUUUUCAGUGAAUAAUAAUUUAUAGUAUUAGAUACUCCUAAUACAAUUACUAAUUGGAAAAGAGUAGUUGCUGUAUUUUUGAGAGGAUCUACUUAUGAAUUGAAACAAUUUCCUGAUCAAAAUCCUAAUCAAUUAUUUAAAAAGUAAUUAUUAUAUAUCUAUUACUUUUUUAGCAUUAGAGGAUAUCAUAUGAAAUUUGAAGAAGAAAAAAUAAAAGAUUUAAUUAAACAAUGGAAUGUAAAGGUUUUAGAUUUACACAGAAGCAAAAGGUAUCAAGAUAUUGAUGUGGUAAAUACAUUUUGGGAAGACCUAGAAGCAUUUCUCUUGAGACCUGCUAAGUUAUCAUAAUAAUGAG